AUGGAGCAUCACUCAGCCCUAAGGCAUAUAGCCUUCCUCCUCCUCCUCCUCCUCCUCCCUCUCCUGGCCAGCAUUCAUUACGGUCAGGCCAACCCUGGUCCUCGCUUGAUCCAUUCAAUCUUCAGCUUCGGCGACUCGUACGCCGACACCGGCAAUUUUGUCAAGCUCGCUGCGCCUGUGUUUCCAGUCAUCCCUUUCAGCAACCUCCCCUACGGGGAGACCUUCUUCGGUCGCCCCACGGGCCGAGCCUCCAAUGGCCGCAUCAUAAUGGACUUUAUUGCCGACGAGUUCGGGCUCCCUUUCGUCCCCCCGAUUCUUGGUGAAGAAAAUAACUUCACCCAUGGAGCAAACUUCGCUGUCGUCGGCGCCACCGCACUCGACCUAGCCUACUUCCACGAGAAGAACAUCACUAGUGUGCCCCCUUUCAACAGCUCCUUGAGCGUGCAGCUCAACUGGUUCCGGAACCUCAAGCCCACCUUGUGCUCAACACCACAUGGUUGCAAAGACUAUUUCAGGGGAUCCCUCUUCUUUAUGGGAGAGUUCGGAGGGAACGACUACACCUUCAUCAUGGCAUCCGGCAAAACCUUUGGUCUGGCAUACGUGCGAGACGUCAUACAAGCCAUCUCAGAUGGCGUAGAGCAACUAGUUAAGGAGGGAGGCAGGUACCUGGUGGUGCCUGGGCAACCGCCAAUGGGGUGCAUUCCCAUCGUCCUGACCUUGUACGCCAGCCCGAACAAGACGCACUAUGACCGUCGGGGGUGCCUGAUAAAAUACAAUGCUCUAGCGCGCUACCACAACAGACUGCUGGUGGCGUCCGUGUAUCGGCUCCGGAUCAAGUACCCCCAGGCCAAGAUCGUCUAUGGUGACUACUACACUCCAGUGAUAGAGUUUCUCAACGAACCAACAAGAUACGGGUUUAGUGCUUCGUCGGGACUCCACGUGUGCUGUGGCGCGGGUGGGCCGUAUAACUACAACAUGACUGCGGCGUGUGGGUUCCCUGGCGUGAGCACGUGCGAUAAUGCCACCACGCACAUCAACUGGGACGGCAUCCACCUCACUGAGUCUGCAUAUAGGCUCAUCGCCGCCGGUUGGCUCUUGGGGCCCUUACGCACAGCCGCGCCUAUUCUUGAGGCCAUUUCAGGAUCUGUGGAUCUCAAGACAUCUUCAAUCUUAUAA